AUGGCUUUGAACAUCCCUGGUCUGGUUGUGGUGGUGCUGUUCUACCUCCUGGUUUUGGGGACGGGGAUUUGGGCUUCCAAGAAGUCUAAGAGGGUUGAGAGGGCGAACCAGGGAAACAGGUCAGAAGUGAUGCUUCUUGGAGGCAGGAGUAUCAACUUGAUGGUGGGAGUUUUCACCAUGACUGCUACGUGGGUUGGAGGUGGUUUCAUCCUCGGUGUGGCUGAAGCAGUGUACUCUCCGAAAAUGGGCUUAAUAUGGGCACUUAUGCCUGUGCAAUACUCUGUGUCCUUUAUAAUUGGUGGUCUUUUUUUUGCCAAGCCAAUGAGGGACAAGAAGUAUGUCACCAUGAUGGACCCAUUCCAGAUUAAGUAUGGAAAAAUUCUGAGUGGUGCAUUAGCACUGCCCGCCCUGCUGACGGAUGUGCUCUGGGUCUCCUGCACUCUAGUUGGCUUAGGAUCAACCAUGAGUGUGAUACUGGAAAUACCCUACUUCUAUGCUAUUUGGAUCUCUUCAGCAGUGGCCAUUCUCUACACAUUGUUAGGAGGCCUUUAUUCUGUGGCCUACACUGAUGUCAUCCAGCUUUCUCUAGCAUUCAUCGGUCUGUGGAUAUGUAUCCCCUUCCUUCUACUCAACCCCACAUCCACAAACAUCGCCCACACAGCUUUUAACCACAUGUAUCAAGACCCCUGGAUAGGCACUUUGGAGCUGGCCCAAGCUUGGAGGUGGACUGAUGACUUCUUAAUGCUGGGUCUGGGUAGUGUGGGAUUCCAGUGCUUCCACCAGAGGACACUGUCUGCCGCCUCCUCAGCAAAGGCCCAGUUCACCUGCUUUGCUGCUGCCCUUGUCAUUGCCAUCCUUGGAAUCCCUUCUGUCUUGGUUGGGGCUGUGGCAGCCUCCACAGACUGGAACCGGACCAUGUACGGUUCUCCAUCUCCAUAUGAACGUGGUGAUGUGUUUUUGAUUCUUCCCCUGACCUUACAAAACCUCACCCCGUCUUAUAUCUCUGUUAUUGGGAUUGGAGCUGUGGCUGCUGCUGUCAUGUCAUCCACAGACUCUGGCCUGCUGUCAGCAACCUCUGUUUUCUCCACCAACAUCUACAAGAACAUCUUGCGUAAACAGGCAUCAGACCGUGAGAUGGAGUGGGUGAUUCGGGUCUCAGUGGUGGUGGUGGGCCUGGUCGGCACGGCUCUAACAUUCCAGACCAAAAGUGUCCUGAUGCUCUGGAUCCUUGGAGCAGAUGUUGCCUACACCCUUAUAUUCCCACACCUGGCUUCCAUCCUCUUCUUUAAGGUGUCAAAUGGUUACGGGGCCUCUGUGGGUUUCAUUGUUGGUGUGACAGUAAGAAUUUUGUUGGGAGAGGAGUCUGUAGGUCUUCCUGCUAUCUUCCCACUUCCCGGCUGCAUGGUGGAAGAUGGAGUCUGCAGCCAGCGGCUUCCUGUCAGGACAAUCUCCAUGCUCACCACCUUUAUGACCAUCUUGUUUUUUUCUGCCCUGGCCUCGUUCAUGUUCAGCCAUGACCUGUUACCCGAAAGGUGGGACGUGUUCAAGGUAAAAUGUGAUGUUUCUACAUCACCAGUGGAUCCAGUCACACAGAGCCUCAAAGAGGAUGCUGGAUGCAACUCAGUCUCUGAUGAAAAUGAACAUGGAUUUGCUUUACAGCCAGUGCUGUAG